AUGGGGCCAGAAGUGCUGCCGGAAGUGCUGUCAGAAGUGCCGCCAGAAGUGCCAGCAGAUGUGCCGGAAGAUGAGCUUUACGAAUGUGAAGUCAACAACAUCGCGAAGAGCCGCCACAUUUACAGCCAAGCGAGAAGAAAACUAUCGUCUCACAAGCUAUCGUCUCACGCACGUGGUUUGCUAGCGGUCAGUGCGGCCCAACGCUGGAGCCAUGCUUCUGGAGCCAUUGCGCAUGGAGUGCGGGCCACUGCACAUGCCAAGGCCACUGCCAAUGUUAUGAAGAAGCUCAGCGUCACAAAGGCACUUGCGAAAGACCAACUGCUUCACGAGAAGUUCUCCAAUUUAUUGGCUAUGAAAGAUUUGGAAGAAAGGGUUGCAGUGCGCUAUGGCGAAGCGAAAGAGUACACAGAAAGGUUUCGAGAAAUACAGGAUUCCAUGAGUCCGCGGGAACAGGUUGCCGCCAUGGAUGCUGCGCAAAGUGUCCUUGAAAAGCUGGAGCAUGCCAGAACAUCGGUGGGUGCUGCAGUGUUUGACCCUCACUAUCUUACAGAUGUUGAUGAAAGCCUCACGCAGUUGGGAGCUCUUUGUGAGGCAAAGACGUUGAAGAGCAGGUUUCGGGAUGCCGCUUGGCAAGCAAUCGUCACGAAACGACUGGCAAAGGCUGCCAAAGACAGCAACCCAAAACACGCUUUACGCAAGAGCUUCCAGCGGGCAAUCAAGAAAGCCCGCGCAGCAAGGGCGUUUAAGCCAAACAGCAGUUCACAAGAAGGUGGUUUCAGCGAGGACCCGUUUGUAGCUGUCAUGGGUGACAUUGGCCACGAGAAUCCUGCAGACCCUUCGCAAAUUGCACAUCAAAUGGAGGAGAGCGAGCACAACUUCUUUGCAACCACUGCAGCGCGCAAAAGACAUGCAACUGAGGAGCUGCUUUGGCUAGCUCGAACAAGUAGCCAUUCACACGGCGCAAAGCCAGAAGAUUCACCAGCUGCACUGACAGACGUCAAAAGACAGCACAUGCAUCCAACGAUCCAGGCCCCUCAUGGCCUUGAGGACCUCCAGGUCUCGGUUGUCGGUGUGCCCAGUCCGACCCAGAGAGGCUUAUGGAACCGAGCAGCUUUAGCCAAGAAGAAGGAGAUGGUUCGCUCCUUAAUGCUGGAGAUACACAUGCAGCAUUUUCAUGGCCAUGGGGCCCAUGGGGGUGUGGUAUCUUGGGAGGACAGUGGCCCACCUAAUGUCCAUCGUGUCAGAGAACAAGAAGGGCGGCGGAUGCUUCCGCCUCCUUCGCCUGCCUCUCCUCCCUCGUUUCCGUCACCUGUUCAUUCCAGGUUCCACCACCCAAGCCCAAGUUUGGAGUCUUUCUCACCUGUCCAGCUUUCAUCUCUUGUGCCUGAGAGACUUGAAGCGAAAGCGGAUGCCCAAGCACGCCCGCCCAGCAUGAGAGCUGGAGGAGGUGUAAGAGCUGCAGCAGGAGCUGCAGCAGGAGCUGCAGCAGGAGUUGCAGUAGGAGUUGCAGUAGGAGCUGCAGCAGGAGCUGCAGCCGGAUUUGCGGCAGGAGUUGCAGGUUCAAACCAAACAAACCAGACAAGUCACACCGGUCCUCCGCUGGGCUCGCCAGGUUCAGCGUCCAGGUGCCAAGUCCCGGACACUCCAUAUCCAUCUCCCAUGUCAAGCCCCAGAGCUCCGCAGAUUCCACACCCUAAGGGUAGACGUAGGCCAGGGCCAAGUGCUGGAAAGCAAAGAGGCGUGGCCAAUUUGCCUCACCUAUCUCCUUUGAGGCGAGGCCAAUUUUCAAAUCGCAGUGCAGUGGGAGGCUCCUUGAGCUCCUCGCCUAGAGACGCAUUACCAAGACACCCGCAGCACCCUAAAGGGGUCGCAAACGGGGACCAUGUUUCACCCGGCUUUUAUGUUGAGAUCAGAUCUUCGAUGGGAUUGUCCAAUUUCGCUUCAAGUGCCCGACAAGCAACUGAUGAGGGUGCUCACUUUGAAGGCGCAGGCCCCAUUGACACGUUGCCAAAGGACCGAAAGGAGGACGAGGCUUCUGUUCAAGCCCGAAGAAAUGAUGAUUUUGGGUCAUCUUUGCUCCAAGCACUGGACGCUUUGUCAGCCAAGGGCCUUUCAGACGAAGCGUCUUUUGGAGCUGCAGCUUUUUUGGCAACUGUUGGAAUUAGCCCACCAAAGCCGUGGACUUGGGAGCAGUUGGAUUUGGAUCUGGGAAGUUUCGGGCAUCCUUUGAGCACAAUUCGCACUUUCCAUGGCAUGUUGGAAGCCAGAGAUGCCGCGCAGCGUGUUCUGAGUGACGCCGAAAUGAGCAUCCAGGAUAUCAGUGAUCCUGCUGAGGUUAUGGAAGCUUUGGAUCGGAUGGAUUCACUUUUGUCCUUCCUGCAGCAAAUCUGCAUCCUAGAGGAUUGUUUUGUGGAGCCGCCCCCGUCGCUGAAACUUCCAGACAGAGGGUCUGAAUACAAUUGGCAAGAGCAUUUUGUAAGGUUGAGGCGCGUCCCGCAUACUCUUGAAUCUUCAGAAGCAUGGCGACGGUUGGAUGCAAGUGCUGACGUGCAUGAUCCAACAAGCCACCUGGAGAGUGAUACUCUCCAGGAGCUCUCUUGUGCUACAACGAAUACUUUGAGGACGCGUCCAGAUCGAAUUGAGUGGUUGAAGGAGUCGCAUCAGUCCCUCAUUGCCUGCCGAAGCCGCCAUGUCGAGAGGGGCUUUGACUCAAAGCGAAGUACGCUGGAGAAAACGGUAAAUGAACGCUACCAUCGAGGCUUGCGGAGUCAUUGCGUGCGGACAGACAUGCUCGACAUGUGGGAAGACUAUCGUAAAUUGGUAUGGAACGAUGAGGAGUCAACCGCCUAUUCUAUGUGGAGUUCCUCCAGCUCAACUGAAUCGAUCCUCCUCUAG